GUCUAUGUCGCCUUUGUAAUGGCUAGAUCCCGGGUGGCUCCGAAGAAACAGUUGUCCAUGCCGCGGUUGGAACUGAGUGCCGCUCUCACUGGUGCACAACUAGCUGGUCUCCUUCAAGCUGAGCUCACGCUGCCCAUCCGAAAGGUUAUUCUCUGGUCGGACUCCACUAUCGUUCUCCACUGGAUCAAGUCAGAAUCUUGCAGUUAUAAAGUUUUUGUGGGCACGCGGGUGGCAGAGAUCCAGAGUCUUACGGAUGGGAGUACCUGGAGAUAUGUGGAUAGUGCGAAUAACCCUGCUGAUGACAUUACCCGGGGCAAGACCUUGAGGGAGCUGUCACGACCACACCGGUGGCACCAAGGCCCUGAGUUUUUACGUCGAUCCGAGGAGCAUUGGCCGACCAGCCCACCAGCAUAUCCAGAGCCAGAGGAUGGUGAGCUGAAGAAAUCAUAUUUCUGUGGACAGGUUAGGGUCAACUCCUGCCCUCAACUUCCUGAAAUCAGCAUGUUCUCCACCUGGAAGGAUCUCAUGAAGGCAACAGCGCGGUCCCUACAUGGGGCGGCUGACCCAAACUCAAGCUCGCCCAGUGAAGCAGACGAUUACAUCAAAGCUGAGAAACUACUCCUGAUGAAGGCCCAGUCAGAAUCAUUCCCAGAGGAGGCCAAGGCACUCAGGUCUGGCAGACCAUUGCCAACCAACAGCCGUUUGAACUCCUUAUCACCCGAAUAUGAUAAGGAUACGGAACUCAUCAGAGUUGGUGGAAGGUUACGAAGGGUUGAGCAGCUGGAGCUAGACACCAUCCACCCAAUCAUACUAGACCCAAAACAUCCUCUGACUAAGCUCAUCAUCCAGGAUUUUGAUGAGACCCUCCUUCAUCCUGGACCAGAAAGAGUGUUGGCUGAACUACGUCGCCGGUUCUGGAUCCUCCGGGGGAGGGAAGCAGUCAGACGGUAUCAGAGGGACUGCAGGCAGUGUCAGGCUUGGCGUGCCAAUCCUUCCAUCCCGAAGAUGGCAGAUCUGCCACCAGCUCGUCUGCGUCUGUAUAAACCACCCUUUUAUUCGACUGGAGUCGAUUGUUUUGGACCCUCUACUGUGAAGAUUGGACGUCGAACAGAGAAGCGUUGGGGCAUAGUCUUCAAGUGCAUGACGACCCGUUGUGUGCAUCUAGACCUCCUCGAGAGUCUUGACACUGACUCAUUUCUGAUGUCGUUAAGGCGCUUUAUUGCCAGAAGAGGCAAACCUUUUGAGCUCCUGUGUGACAACGGGACAAAUUUUGUCGGUGGAGCCCGAGAGCUCCAUGAGGCCUUUGAGACCAUGGCGCCUCAGUUGAAGGAGCGUUUGGCAGAGCAGCAGAUUGCUUUCCGUUUCAACCCCCCCAGUGCUCCUCACUUCGGUGGCGCCUGGGAGAGAGAGGUCAGGUCUGUGAAAACUGCUCUUAAGGUCGUACUCAAGGAGCAGACGGUCCCUGAAACUGUGCUUCAUACGGUCCUUGUGGAAGUGGAAGGCAUCGUAAAUGCUAAGCCUCUCGGCUACGUCUCAUCAGACAUAGCCGAUCCAGACCCCAUCACACCUAACAUCCUGCUGAUGGGACGCUAUGAUGCAUCACUCCCUCAAGUGGUUUACGAUCCCAGCAACCUUAUCGGAAGUCGCAGAUGGAGACAUAGUCAAGUUCUUGUCGACCAUUUCUGGUCCCGAUUCACCCGUCACUACCUGCCUAUCUUGCAAGAGAGACAGAAGUGGCAGAAGGAGGCGGAGUGCCUCAAACCGGACCAAGUGGUGCUCAUAGUUGAUCCUCAGCUCCCAAGAGCUUUAUGGCCUGUUGGUAAGGUAACGACUACUUACCCUGGAGCUGAUGGACGCAUCCGGACUGCUGCCGUUAAGGUCAAAGAUCGAACGUAUAUUCGACCAGUAGCCCGCUUGAUCUCACUACCUAUGCUUGAAGAUGAUAAGGAUCCACGUACCUGAGUGGCCUUCCUACCUUGGAUUCGACUGUCUGUGCAGACAGUCGGGGGCGGCUGUGUUAGAAAGCCCACUGUUUACACGUUAUUUGCUUGGUUGAAGUGUUAUGGUUUGUUUGUAGAUAGUGUUUGCGCUGUGGAAAUUGAUAUGUCCUACGUCAUUGAACUCACCAUAUCUAUGCUGACGCUCCUGUGCCGUGUGCUGCUAGUCUGCCUUUGUAGCUGCUGAUAGCCAGCAUUGUUCCUUGUGUCCUCUCAUCAGCAUCUCGUGGGUUUUGGUUUAUUGCUGUGUGUGAAUGCCAGAAGACCACAGUUGAAUAAAUCUGCUAAACUUGGAAGCUGCCUCCGUGUUCUUUAACCGGAACACACCCACCAUACCUUGCCGCUCUAAAUCAGC